AUGCAUUCAUCCCCCCGACCCCCCCGAUCCCUCGCCUUCGCCGCUUUGUUCCGCCAGUCUGACAAGCGGGUCUGCGAUCAGCGCCGAGAAUGGCUGCAGGACCGGAUGGCUGCUUGCCUGUGCUGGGUUACCUCCACCCCCCUCUCCCCCUACCCUGUUGCAAGUCGUGUGUCUCACGCUGACCGAAAUGGAAAGCAGUUUGUUGUGGAUGUGCUUACAGAGGAGAUUGAGGAAGCCAGUUUGGAGUUUGCAGUAGGAGAAGCAGAUGAGAACGAAUGGAGAGACACCGUGCAGCUACACAGUGAAAAGAAAACAUUGCUCAGAUACUAUGUGUUUGAGGGCAUGCGCUACAUAUGGAUUGCCAGAAAAGGAGCCUUUUGCAAAGCAAGCAUUCUCAAUGAAGGCAGGACCUGCGCUGACCUGCAUGGCCGAAAGCAAGGACUGAGUAAAGCAGACCAAAGCACAAGAAAGCAGAUUUUUGGGGCCAAUAUCAUUGAUGUACCUGUGAAGACUUAUUUACAACUUCUCUUUGAGGAGGUUCUCAAUCCAUUCUACAUAUUUCAGGUGUUCAGCAUCAUCCUGUGGAUGUCAGACAGAUACUAUUAUUAUGCUGCUUGUAUCCUAAUCAUAUCCUUAAUUUCAAUCGGCGUGUCCCUUUAUGAGAUCCGUAAGCAAAGCACCACUCUCCGCAGCAUGGCCCGGUUGAUAGUGAACGUGACCGUGCGCAGAGACACUGGAGAGGAUGAGUGUGUGAGCUCUGAGGAGCUGGUUCCAGGGGACUGUAUUGUGAUUCCAGCCGAGGGUUUGCUUCUGCCCUGUGAUGCCGCCCUGCUGGCAGGGGAGUGCAUGGUGAACGAAAGCAUGCUGACCGGUGAGAGCAUACCAGAGAUGAAGAUGCCAUUGUCUGUGUCUGAAGCCGCAUACAGUCCAGAGUCUCAACGCAGACACACUUUGUUUUGUGGCACACAGCUCAUCCAGGCUAAAGGAGGCGGGUCUGCUGGGAAUGGGGCUAUUGCUGUUGUAACAUGCACAGGGUUUUUUACUGCCAAAGGAGACCUUAUUAGUUCUAUCCUUUACCCUCAGCCAUUAGACUUUCGCUUCUACAAGGAUGCUAUGAAGUUCCUUCUAUUUCUAGGACUUGUGGCUCUGGUCGGCACUAUUUAUAGCAUUGUGAUACUUUCAAAGAGCAAUACAACCUGGCAAGAGCUAGUCAUCCGGUCUCUGGAUAUUGUGACAAUAAUAGUUCCACCUGCUCUUCCUGCUGCUAUAACUACAGCCACUAUCUACGCCCAGAAUCGGCUGAAGCGUCAUGGGGUGUUCUGCAUCAGCCCACCUCGCAUUAAUAUCUGUGGCAAGACAUCACUUUUCUGUUUUGAUAAGACUGGCACUCUUACAGAGGAGGGUCUGGAUAUAUGGGGCGUGAUGGUAGUGAGUGGAGCAGUAUUUAGUGAGCUGGUCCCUGACCCUCUCAUUUUCCCUCCUGGACUGAUGCUCUCUGCACUUGCCUCCUGCCAUUCUUUGGCUUUGCUGGGGGGUCAAGCACUCGGAGACCCACUAGAGCUCAAAAUGAUAGAAUCAACUGGAUGGGAACUGACAGAGCCAGAGAAUGAGAUGGGACUUGAUUCUGAAUUUGGCAAACACAGAGUGCUAGCAGUGAUGAGACCUCCUGCAUCUGAGCUCCUAUCACAAGGAAAUUCUGUCAGUCAGCCUGUGGCGAUCAUACGGCGAUUCCCGUUUUCCUCUUCUUUGCAAAGGAUGAGUGUGGUGACCGUUGGUCCAGGUGGAGCUUCUCCUGUCGCAUUCCUUAAAGGAGCACCUGAAAUGGUUGCCAGCUUCUGCCGUAGAGAAAAUAUGCCUUCUCAUUUUUCACCCAUUCUCCGGGAGUAUACCAGCCAGGGCUUCAGGGUCCUUGGAUUUGCCUACAAGCACCUCACUAAGGAGACCGACCUAAGCACUGUUGAAAGGGUGGAGGUGGAGAAAGACAUGAACUUCCUGGGUCUGUUAGUAAUGAAGAACCAGGUGAAGCCAGAGAGUGCAGAAGUUAUUCGCACACUUAAACUGGCACAAUUACGGCCUGUUAUGGUUACAGGUGACAAUAUUCUCACUGCUGUGAAUGUAGCACAUGCGUGUGGAAUGGUGCUGUCACAUGAGAAGGUUAUUUUUGUUCAUGCAUCGCCCCCUACUGCCAGUUCAAUGGCCUCACUGCAGUUUCAUCAAGGAGAUGGUGCAGUAGCCACCAUUAAUACUCAGGAGACUAUUGAUAUGGCAGCACAGGGUCUCUAUCAGAACGGUGCUGGCUAUCAUUUGGCUAUAAAUGGCAUGUCCUUUGCGGCACUUUGUGAUCAUUUCCCUGAAUAUUUGCCCAAGAUUCUGAUGAGGGGAACAGUGUACGCCCGCAUGACCCCAGAACAGAAAACCCAGCUGGUAAAAGCACUGCAGAAACUCAAUUACAGGGUGGGCAUGUGUGGUGAUGGAGCCAAUGACUGUGGAGCAUUGAGGGCUGCUGAUGUCGGUGUGUCGUUGUCUGAGGCUGAGGCCUCUGUGGCGUCUCCUUUCACAUCCAAGUCUAACAACAUUAGCUGCGUGCCUCUACUCAUCAAGGAAGGCAGGUGUUCACUGGUAACAUCAUUCAGUCUUUUCAAGUACAUGGCUUUGUACAGUCUGAUCCAGUUUGCCUCUGUACUUAUUCUCUACACUGAGAAAACAAACUUGGGAGACUUGCAGUUCCUCUUUUUUGAUUUAGUUUUGGUGACCGUUUUGGCUAUAGUGAUGGGACGGGGAGGUCCCAGCGAUGAGCUCCAUCCCCAGCGACCUGCUGCCAGUCUUCUGUCUCUGCCAGUCCUGUCUAGUUUACUGCUGCACACUGUGCUGCUGAUCCUAGCCCAGGUGUCUGGCCUGCUUAUCACUGUGUCACAAGACUGGUAUGUGCCUUUAAAUUCCACUGUGACGGGGGCUGCAAACUUGCCCAACAUGGAGGACACGAGCAUAUUUGCCUUAUCGGGAUUCCAGUAUAUCAUCAUGUCUAUUGUGAUAACCAAAGGAUAUCCUUACAAAAAACCACUGUAUUACAAUUUCUUUUUUGUAGGUGCACUGCUGGUCUUCUUUGCACUUAUGAGCGGGCUGGUUCUUUUCCGUCACACCAUCAUCCAUCAACUGCUACAGCUGUAUGACAUCAACGAUAUGAACUAUAAACUAUUGCUGGUGGCUGUAGCUGCACUCAACUUCUUCAUAUGCUACAUGCUUGAGAUUCUUAUUGACCGAGGUGCCCUGAACUGCCUUCACAACCUCAGAGGAAAACACAAGUCCAAAAAGCAGUACAAACGUCUGGAUGUCCAGCUUGCAGAAACACCCUCAUGGCCGCCCCUGAACCAACCCUUGUUCCCAACACAGUGCUCCGUCAUCGGUGUUAGCUAACACCUACCUCCUGCUUUAGAAUUUCAACUCUCCCAAUGCACAUAUCCAGGGUUGCCAAAGAUCUGAUACCACCUCACGGUGCACUAGUGUGGUAUGCGCACCACGUGUUGUCCUUGUCUGCCUAUUAUAUAUGGCAUAAAACUCAUCAUGCAGCAACAAGAAUGGACUGUUAGUGAUGGUGUUUCUAAUAUAAAACAAAUGAAAAAUAAAAACCUUUAAGUAUUUUGAAAA